AUGUCGUUGAGCAGUCAGGGCCACACAGUGACGACGGCAGAUGUGCCGUCGUCGAAACGCAGCAGUCGCAAGGAGCUCGUCGACCAUUCACUGUAUCCACCGUUUCUUAAGCAAAUGGAUGCUAAACUUCCCGACUAUGUUCGAGAAGGAGAUAUUGAAUACCCUUUCGAGGAGACAAACGGUGUGGGCGAUGAGAAUCGAAUCCGAGGUAACUGGAACACAAAGACGGAAUAUAUGUUGGCCGCUGUUGGAUUCACUUUUGGGAUUGGGAAUCUCUGGCGAUUUCCAUUCCUGAUAUUUCAACAUGGAGGAGUAGCGUUCUUCAUUCCUUACUUGAUUGCAUUAGUCGUCGCCGCGCUACCAAUGUUUUUCAUGGAAAUGGUUCUUGGACAGUUUUCCUCUCUUGCGGCAAUUUCUGUUUGGAAUGUAGUUCCAUUAUUCAAAGGUGUUGGCGUAGCCAUGGUGUUGAUAUCAGCUAUAGUGGCUGUAUACUUGAAUAUUGUUUCGGCUUGGUCUCUCUUCUAUUUUUUCAAUUCGAUCAGUUUCUCAUUACCAUGGUCAAAUUGUGCGAACUCGUGGAGUGGACUCAACUGUUCACUGGGAACACGUAUUUCUUGCACAGAAUCGAAUGGGACCUUGCUUGUAAAUGGGUCAUGCAUAAUUCAGCAGGCCAACACAACGAUUGUUAUAUCUGGGACAAAUCCUCAAUCGAUUCCUAGUCUUCGGUAUUUUCAUGAAGACGUUCUAAUGUUAUCGAAUGGUUUUACUCAAGUGGGCACGUUGAACUGGUACCUGGGAAUAUGUGUGUUACUUUCUUGGUUAGCAGUUUUUGCGUGCCUUUUCCAAGGUGUGAAGUCGAGUGGAAAGGUGGUUUAUGUCGUAGUAGUACUACCAUUCAUUAUUAUGAUAGUAUUACUAGCCCGACUACUAACUCUUGAAGGAUCCCGUGUAGCCCUAUGGCACUUCCUUCGACCUGACUGGUUUGUGCUUAGGGAUCUUACGGUAUGGGGUGAAGCUGCUGUACAUGCAUUUUAUUCUGUAUCCUGUUGCAUUGGAGGACUCUACACAACUUCAAGUUAUAACCGAUUUCAUAAUAAUUUAUUCAAGGACAUUUGGGUAAUUCUCACAGUAGAUGUGCUCACAUCAUUGGUAUGUUGCGUACUAACAUUCUCGGCAAUUGGCUUUACGUGCUUUGAAUUUUCAAUCUCGCUGGACAAGUUUCAAAUACGAGAUGGAGCGCACUUGAUUUUCGUCUUUCUGGCGGAGGCGCUUGCAGGAGUUCCAGUGGCACCGUUGUAUACUGGGUUAUUCUUCCUUAUGGUGGUUUUGAUCGUGCAUUCGACGCAACUAUUUGUUGUCGAAACUAUUGUGACAUCGCUUUGUGAUGAGUUCCCGGAACGUCUUCGUCGCUUCAGAAGACAUGUCCUUGUUGUAGUAUGCGCCUCGUUUAUUCUGCUCAGCAUGCCGUUUUGCUUGUCUGCGGGACUAUAUUGGCUGCUUUUGCUUGCAAAGUUUACGAUCACUUGGCCGUUGGUGGUUAUCGCUUUUCUAGAAUGUAUGGCCAUUAGCUGGGUCUAUGGUGUGGACAACUUACUAGACAACAUCAAAUGGAUGACCGGAUCGUAUCCACCGUGUUAUAUAUUCUGGAAAAUUCUUUGGAAAUUUGUGUGCCCUAUGGCUUAUUUAUCGAUACUGUGUUUUUUGUGGUUGGAUUGGCACUCAGUCUCUUACGAAAAUUACGUCUUCCCUUAUUGGACCUCCCUUCUGGGAUGGGCGAUUAGUAUAUUUCCUUUGCUUUUCAUUCCUAUAGUAGCAGUAGCUCAAAUAUGCUCGGCGAGAGGUACUUUGGCUCAGAGAUGGGCCACCGUUCUGAACCCAGAUGACUCGUGGGGACCAGCGUUAGCAGUGCACAGAGCUGAACAAUUCCCUCUGCAGAUCCCGGAGGCUCGCAGACUUCUCAUUCCGCCUGAAGUUGAAGUGCUUGGGAGUCAAGCGGUCUGCGAUGAAAAGGAAGGCGGUCCUGCAGAGAAUAGUCGCGAUACAACACGCCCUCUCAGUUCUGCCCUUUCAAUAAAAUCUAAGGGUGCGACGCCUAUAAACCCACUUGCUACGUUUGAGAGAGAAACGGCAAUAUGA